AAAGUUGACACAUGGAUUGGAGAGUGCCAGAAGUUUGUAGAAACUACCAGGCGGUGAACGUAGAAACUUGGUUUAAGAACUGGAAACUUCAAGAAUCAAGAUCCGUCCGUCCUCCAACCAUAAUCAAUCACCUUCGCGCACCUAUAAAUAUAGCACCCAGCAACGACUUCGCCAUCAAUUCUCAAAUCAACACCAUCAAUUGUUCAAUUUUGAGCUUAAUCUCUGUUUUUCCUCUCUGCGGCAAAAAGUCGAAGACAAGAUGUCCCUGAUCCCCCGUCUGUUCGGCGGCCGAAGCGCGUUCGACCCUUUCUCCCUUGACAUAUGGGACCCCAUCAUCUCAGGUUCCGGCGAGACUACGGCGGCAACCUUCGCGAACGCCCAGAUCGACUGGAAGGAGACGCCGGAGUCGCACGUGUUCAAGGCGGACCUCCCGGGGCUGAAGAAGGAAGAGGUGAAGGUGGAGGUGGAAGACGACAGAGUGCUUAAGAUAAGCGGGGAGAGGGCGGAGGAGAAGGAGGAAAAGAACGAGAGGUGGCACAGGGUGGAGAGGAGCCGCGGGAAGUUCCAACGCCGGUUCCGACUGCCAGAAAAUGCGAAGGUGGAGGCGGUGAAGGCGGCGAUGGAGAAUGGGGUUCUGACUGUUACUGUGCCGAAGGAAGAAGUGAAGAAGCAAGAUGUGAAGUCCAUUCAGAUCACCGGCUGAGAGUUAAACGCUAAUGUCGUUAUCUUCUAAGUGUAUUGUGUCGGUAACUUGUGUUAUGUAUGGUUUGUUAUUUGUAUGGCGAUGGAGGGUGAAAAUGAAGCUAGCCAAUUGUAUGAGAAGUCCUGCUGCUGUUGAGUUCGUGUUUGUCGAUUAAGAUGUCAAUGAAUAAUAAAUAACUACUUGUUUAUUCA